GCUGCUCCCCAUCCCCGUGGCGGCCGCUGCCAAGGAGACGGUUACAGAAAACAGAUCAGACCUUGAAGAUUUACACCUUUAUGCAACUCCUCGGGAGCAACGGUUUCGUAGGUUUGCCAGUUUAGAAUUUGAAGGACAGCUAUAUAUGACUCCAUAUGACUUCAUUCAGGCUGUCACAAAUGAUGAACCCAAACGUGCUAAAAAGUGGCGAUCCCUUUCAAAGCAGGAGCUGAAUCAGAUCCUUAUGGAGACACCACCAGUUUGGAAAGGAUCAUCCAAACUUUUCCGUAAUCUUAAUGAGAAAGGUGUGAUAUCUUACACAGAAUAUUUAUUCCUCUUAUGUAUUUUAACAAAGCCGCAUGCAGGUUUUAGAAUCGCUUUCAACAUGUUUGAUACUGAUGGCAAUGAGAUGGUGGACAAAAAGGAAUUCUUAGUGCUACAAGAGAUUUUCAGGAAAAAAAAUGAGAAGAGAGAAAGAAAGGGAGAUGAAGAAAAACGUGCAAUGCUGCGUCUUCAACUUUAUGGAUAUCAUACUUCUACUAACAGUGUUCUUAAAAGAGAAGGAGAGGACCUUGUCCCCAGAAGCUAUUGGGAUACUUUGAGACGUAGCACAAGCCAAGCACUCUUUUCGGACCUUGCGGAGCGUGCUGAUGAUAUUUCAAGUUCAAUGUCAGAUACUACGCUGCUUGUACACUUUUUCGGCAAGAAAGGAAAAGCUGAACUGAACUUUGAAGAUUUUUAUAGAUUUAUGGAUAACCUACAAACUGAGGUUCUAGAGAUAGAAUUCCUUUCCUACUCUAAUGGGAUGAACACCAUCAGUGAGGAAGACUUUGCCCAUAUUCUUUUGAGGUAUACAAAUGUGGAAAAUACAUCAAGUUACCUGGAAAACAUGCGCUGCAGGAUUCCUGAAGAAAAGGGUAUCACAUUUGAUGAGUUUAGAUCAUUUUUCCAGUUCUUGAACAACCUAGAAGACUUUACAAUUGCAAUGCAAAUGUAUAAUUUUGCAAGUCGUUCCAUAGGUCAAGAUGAAUUCAAACGUGCUGUGUAUGUAGCCACAGGUGUGAAGCUUUCACCACAUUUGGUGAACACAGUGUUCAAGAUUUUUGAUGUCGACAGAGAUGACCAGUUGAGUUAUAAAGAAUUUAUCGGCAUUAUGAAAGACAGACUCAAUCGAGGGUUUAGGGAGACUCCAAAGUAUGGUUGGAAGGAGUAUUACUCUUGUGUGAUGACUGUAACCAGUGAACAUCUCAGAGAUCUAUGGAAGCAAUUUCGGAGACGAGAUAUGCUGAGAUAAAGGAAGAAAGAAGGAUUAUCUGCACUGGCUAGAACUGUUUAUUCCUAUGAAUUCUUCAUGAAGAACAAACUAUCCCAAGUGAAUUCUGAAUCUUCCAGCUGCAGUAGAAAACACGUAAUUUCUUUUCCACUUGAUGUAGUGAUCACCAACUCUUACAACUGCUUUUCAGUAUGUAUUUUAUUUAAAUGACGAACUAACUAUCCCCUGAUUGGCAAAAGUCUUUUUUUUAAGAACACAUUUUGAAUAUUAUUUUUUAUUGUUUUAAGAUAUGUUUAUCAUUUAAAAGAAGACAAAACCAAGUUUUACACCUGGGUAGGCAAACGUUUUGGCAACGAAGAGAAACUGCCCGCAUCAGCUUAGACUGUGAAUUUGCUUUCAGAAGAGCACUAUUAAAAGUUUGUGCUAAAUUGGGAAUGAGAAUACAGUAAAUAGUAUAACAAUUAUAUACGAGUUGAAUGUACAAAUCAAAUUCUUAGAAACUAACAAAGCUGUUACUUUAAAAAAAAGGGUAAAGCUGUUAUGGUUAUAAUGUGAAUGAUGGGUAUUUACCUAGGAAAGGUACUGUAUGGACUACAAUGCUCAGAUUCUCCAAGUCUUACUAUCAUGUUUACUAACUUUUAAAAAAAAGUACAGAUUUUAAGAUGUCUUAUGAGCGGUAUGUUGAAGAAAAGUCAAAAUGUUUAAAUUCACAUUAAGUAACACACACUUUGUAAUAUUUAUUAUAAAUUUUAUUGCUGUACAUAUAAAUUCACUGAUACAUUUCUGGUAGAGCAAAACUUCAUGUGUUUCUUGUGAAUAGUGCAAUUCUAUAUGAAGUAAGAUGUGGCACUGAGUAGAAAUUAUAGUUUGUUUACUUUGCUACUCUGGAGUGCAGUAUCUGAAAAAUAGAUAAAUAAGUUGUGUUUAUGUCAAACAAAAAAAGCAAAACAAAACAUGAAUGCAUGCAGCAGUACAGAGCAACACUCAGUAAUAUUAUUUGAAUAUUACGCGUCAAAUAUUAGACAUAAAUUAUGCCUUACCAAGUUUAGGAAAACUAGAGGCAAUCAGUAGCCACCAUGAGCUUUUGUGCCCUGUAGAUUUAGAUGUUACUGAAACAGUGGUAAGGACACUGUUACAUUUGGGUUUCAUAUUCUCUAAAUUUUUUCUUUGCUAUUCAGCAGCAGCAUUUUUUCUUAUUCCCUUUCAAGAUGAUUGUUAGGUGGUGUGAAUUAGACCCAAAGAAACACGAAUGCAUAUUUCUUAUAUCCUUCUUGAAAAGGUUCACUGGACAUUAAAUAAGUCUCUAUCUAUUUAGGAACAAUCUGUGCUUUUAAAUACUUCUAGCUGAAUACACACACACUAAAACUAAUGUCAAUAAAUUGUUAUCGGAAACACAAAUAUUUAGUGGAGUCUGACAAUUAAAAUAGAACUAAAAUAAUGUUUUAAAAUCUUAUAUUACUCCAAAUACCUGUAAGCAAACUUUUCAAAAUUGUAUUUAGUGCCCAUGUUGCUCAAAUACCAUCUUACAUCACAUGUGAAUAGAAGAUACAUAGCAUCUGUGUAAGUACACCUAAGUUUAGAAAUGUUUAAUUUAUAAUAAGAUUUAUCUCUGCUAAAAAAUCAAAACAAAAUGAAAAGGAACAUGUUUUUUAAGACAUUUCACUCUGGGAAUCUUAAAAAAAAAUGUGCUAGGUGUGGCUUUUAUCUGAGAAAAAGCCAGUUCAGAAAGCUUUUGAAGGAUGCUACUUUAGUUACUAUUUCAUGAUAAAUACUUACCAAAUUUCCACCUUGGCAUCCUUAAACUACUGACAACAACAAGAAAAAUGAAAUAAAUUGGGAUAAAGACACAACAGAACAUGGAUAAGCUGCAAUCCCUGUGUGAUCAUUUAGGGAAUUAAUUGUAUCCAGUGUAUCAUCUUGGUACGCAGAACUGUUUCACUGCUUCUUGUCAGCAUAUGCAAAACCCAAUUUGCUACUUCAUUGAUGAAGGACAAAAAAUGGAAAGAAAGGAUAGGGAGUUAUUGCAGGGGUUCCCGUCCUUCCUCUUCUUUCAUUACUGCCCACUCACAGUGAUCCUCCCUUUGGAGGAAGCAGCAGCACCAUCACCAUUUUGCCCCUCCACUGCCCUAGGCAAUAGUGCACUUUGCUUUUAUGGCUGGCUUGAGACAAUUUUAUCAUUUUUCUAUGUAUUUCCUAACUAUAGUCACUUAAUAUAAAAUAGAAUGUGAAAGUGUUAGAUUAGUUUUUAAGAGUAUUUUUUUCUCAUGUUUAAUAAUAAGUUAUUUAAUAUAAAUAUGAAUAUAUGCAUAUAAUA